GGUUUUAUGUGGUUUUUCCAAGUGAUUAUACAAUAUUUUUAAAUAUAAAUUAGAAAUAUCCCCACUUGACCCCUAUACAUGCAACAGUGAAUAUGGAUAAUAAUAACGCAAAUGCCGAUGUUAGCAUUCACCCUCUAACUGACAAUCCCACAGCAGCGUGGAAAGAAAUUUCCAAACAGCAAAAGCUUCUUAAGUUAAAUGUGAAAAUACCAACGAAACCUGUGGAAGACAACAAAGUCAGAUUUGUCUGUAUGAGUGACACUCACUCUCUUAUUAGAAAUAUUACCUAUGAUAUACCUGAGGGAGAUAUUUUUAUUCACUGUGGCGAUUUUACCAAAUGCGGACAGAAGGACGAAGUUUUCCAAUUUAAUGAAUGGUUAGGAACAUUACCUCAUAAGCACAAAAUAAUAAUAGCAGGCAAUCAUGAACUUAGUUUCGAUCAGAAAUUUAAAAACAUAUUUAAAAAGAAUUUUGACAAGAGGGAGAAGAGACAUAGUACCUCAGGUAUAGAAGAAGUGAAACAUUAUGGAAAUACAAAUGACGAUAUUGUUGAGGCUGUAAAUACUCCAAACAUUAGCCAGUACCUUACAAAUUGCACUUAUUUAGAAGAUAGCAGUAUCGAGUUGUAUGGAAUCAAGAUCUAUGGCACACCUUGGCAACCUGAAUUUGGUAAUUGGGCAUUUAAUUUAGAGAGAGGUGAAGAAUGUCUUUCAAAAUGGAACGCCAUACCAAACGAUACAGAUAUUUUAAUCACUCACACUCCUCCAUUAGGCCAUGGUGAUUUGGUGUGCUCAGGAAUAAGAGCUGGAUGUGUCGAACUGUUAACUACAGUGCAACAAAGAGUUAAGCCUAAGUAUCAUGUAUUUGGCCAUAUUCAUGAAGGUUAUGGGGUGACCUCUGACGGAAAAAUAAUUUAUAUAAAUGCUUCUACUUGUGAUAUUAAUUACGUACCAAGAAAUCUGCCAGUUGUUUUCGAUGUGCCACUCAAGGAAGGAUUCGUAAAAGAAGAUUUUACUGUAAACGAAGAACCAGAUUCUGAGUCCCUCAAGGAAAACAGUUGUACUGAAGGUUGUAUUGUAAUGUAGCAAAUUAUUAAACAUAUUACCAAAUAAA